AUGUCUUCCCGAAGCAGCGUCUACGUCCACCAGGGCAGCUCCCCCAGCUCCCCCAGCCGCCCCAGCUCCUCUGCCUCCUAUGGAUCGUCCGACUCCCGCUCUGUUUCAAACCGCCGGGAGUACGAUGCCGCAGGACAUGCUGCCCAAGUGAUUCGGUCCGGCAAGACGGUUGUCAUCAACCACAACCGGAAGGACUAUGAGAAGGGGUCCCCUUCUCCUCGUUAUGGCGGUGGCUACCAGUGA